AGAGAAAGGGAAAAGCUCCCCAAGCAUCAAGAGCUUUCCAGCCAUAUGUGCGUAAAAAUUUCUCCCUGUGCCACGUGACAGAGGAAGAGGCGCAGACCCAUUACACAAUAAUAAAAAUAUGCCUUUGGCAACGUUGAGGCAGAACCUGGCGCUGCUGCAGGAAGCCCGCGACCCGCGCAAAGAGGAGUGAAACCUUAAAGAACACAGACCCAGGUCAACAACGCAGACCCCUCGAAGGACGCUGCUGCGGCCGGACGGGGCUCGGGCUCUGCAGCAAAACAGCUGCUUAAAGCCGAGUGGUUUCCAGCGCCUGUCAAGAUCUCACUGAAGGGAUCAGUCCUGGCUGCGCCAUGAUCUCUGCUGUCCUCCUCCUGUGGACUGUGCCUUGUGUGGCAAACCACAUCGUGGGGGGCUUUGCCAAGGGAGCUCUGCAGGAAGGUACCCAGCUGGCGUGCAGCCUGCCCGGCCCCCCUGGGCCACCCGGCCCCCCUGGUGCACCCGGGGCUCCAGGGACGGUCGGCAGGAUGGGAUUCCCAGGCAAGGAUGGCAAGGACGGCAAGGAUGGGGAUAAAGGCGAGCACGGAGAUGAAGGUCCACAAGGCAGGACAGGAAACCCCGGCAAACCAGGCCCAAAGGGGAAAGCAGGAGCUAUUGGCAAAGCAGGCCCACGAGGGCCCAAGGGUUUAAAGGGUAAUCCUGGAAAAAAUGGGGCCCCUGGGAAAAAAGGGCCCAAAGGGAACAAGGGUGAGACUGGACUGCCAGGACCCUGUACUUGUAAUGCCAACAAAGCCAAGUCUGCCUUCUCUGUGGCAGUUUCCAAGAGCUACCCAAGGGAAAGGCUGCCCAUCAAAUUUGACAGGAUCCUGAUGAAUGAGGGAGGACAUUACAAUGCUUCCAGUGGGAAAUUUGUAUGCAGCAUCCCAGGUAUUUACUACUUCACUUAUGAUAUCACUUUGGCCAACAAACACUUGGCCAUUGGCUUGGUCCACAACGGGCAGUACCGGAUUAAGACUUUUGAUGCAAACACUGGGAACCAUGAUGUUGCCUCCGGAUCAACCAUCCUUUCUUUGAAACAGGAGGAUGAGGUAUGGCUGCAGAUAUUUUACUCAGAACAAAAUGGGCUCUUUUAUGAUCCUUACUGGACAGACAGCUUAUUUACUGGCUUCCUGAUAUAUCCUGAUCAAGAUUAUCUCAAUGAAAUAUGAGAAACUAACCUGUGGGAAAAAAAAAACAACCAGGAAAUGCAUGAGACCUCAGUCCAGCAAAGUGUAGCCUGUACAUGGACAUGAGUGGAAUUAUCAUACAAUUCCACAUUUUUGGUGCUAGCAACCUGUAUUGGCUAUUCAGAUAUUCACUUGAUGGCAUCAGCUGCUCCACAGGGUAACAGGACCAGCAGGACUCACCUUUCAGCAGCCUCAUGGAUCUCUCAGUCUCGAAGCCACCCAGUGUGUUUUCUCAGAUUUCAGCCUCCAUGUACCAGCACUGGAGUCCUGCAUCUGGUUACUCUGCAACAUGCCAUGGACAUGUAACUCACAUACUGGUGCUGAAUGCUUUAUUAUAUUAUUGUUAUAAAGCCUGGAAACCAACAACCAUUUCCUGAAGGCUGCGCUCAGAAGUGCCACUGAUGUUAGAGACUGUAUCACUGCACCUCCUCCCCCUACACCCUAUAAUAGUAAUAAACCCUUUUAAUACAGAGUUACACUUUACCAGCUACUUAAGAGUCAGGAAGUCGUCAGUUGAAGUUAUAAAAGUAAGAGUAGCUCUCAGCCUCAUCAAAGCAGCACUGAUAAGCGAAGGCAUCUGGUCUAAAUAGGAAAUGACACAAAAAAGCUCUCAUUUUUAAGGUUAAAGGUAAGACUCCCCCUAAGACACAAGAUGCUGCACUGGGCAUCACUGCUGCUUCUCAGAUUUCAGCCUCCAUAUACCAACACUGAAGUCCUGUGUCUGGUUUCAGACAGUCUUUGGUAAGCCGCAAUCAGAAUCUAAACUGGACUGUGCAAUUCAGCUACCCAUGGGCUUCUGAGCCACAGUGGAUUAUGGACUUUACAGAUCAAUUCUACUUUUACAAGUGAAAAUAUCUGCAUGACUUUUGUGGACUACAGUAACUGUAGUUGCAUUUAACUGUAACCGUGUUGUAGCUUACAAAAAUCUUUUCAAGUACAUUUUAUAAAAUAAAGCUGAACAAAAGUA